AUGGCGCUAGCUGCGCAGCAUUUGUGCACCGCCGCCGUCAGUGUCAGCCAGUUUGCCGUGGCAUACGGAGCUCCAUCACAGUCUUUAACACUGGUAGCAUACCGCGACAGCGUGGACGUGAACCGAUUCCUCAGCACCGGGGAUGAGGUGAUCCCCGGCAGCGCAGGGCUGAAGGACCAGCUGCUGGCCCUGCGCUGGCUCCAGCAGAACCUCGCGGCGUUCUGCGGUGACCCGGCAAAGGUGACCAUUGGCGGCGAGACCGCGGGUGGAGCUUCUGCCUCCCACCAUCUCAUAGCACCCAGCUCCGCAGGACUUUUCCGGGCGGCGACGAUAGAGAGCGGUGACUCAGUGUCCCCCUUCGGCGUGACGACCGUCGCGCGGCAGAAGGCGUUCCGCCUGGGAGAGGUCCUGGGAUUCUCGGCCAACGACUCCAGGCAGCUGCUGGACUUCCUGAGGACGCAGGACGCGCACGAACUCGUCGCACACGACCGGGAGCCGCUGCUCGACCUGGACGGACUGUCGGCCGUGGUAAUGGCGCCCGUGGUUGAGCCCGAUUUGGAGGGAGCCUUCAUCACAGAGAUGCCUGCCGACAGCCUCAAGGCAGGGCGUUUCAGCAAGGUGCCGGUGCCGGAGGGAGCAACCUCAGGACAGGCAACCGACUUACUGGGCCGUAAGCUGUACUGGCGCCGCGCGUCCGUGCGCUCUCCUUUCGGGCCUCCCCUGCUGGAGAACGACGCCCCGCUGCAGCUGGUGAGCGACUGCUUGGUGCCGCUGGUGUCCAUCCUGCUGCACCUGCCCACGGGGGCCGCGCGCCUGCUGGCCGCCGUCCAGGCGCGGGACUUCUACUGCGGACACACCGACAUCACGCUGGACGACGCCCAGGACAUCGUCGGCACUUAA